UGCACGAGCUCGUGAAUGACCGUUAAACGAAUUCGGCGCGGCUUCGGUGUUCCAACAAUUAACGUGAGAUGUCUCUGUUUAAGGCACGAGACUGGUGGUCGGCAGUCCUGGGUGAGGGAGAGGAGUUUGACCAGGGCUGCCUGUGCGUCGGAGAUGUGGAUAACAGCGGCAGCGGCUAUGAUAAGGUUGUGGUGGGCAGCUACAUGGGAAUGCUGCGGAUCUUUGCCCCCCAUGCCACAAGGUCGGGUGAGCUGAGCGGACUAGAUGCCCAGCUUCUGGAAGUGCAGCUAAAAGAUCCCAUCAUACAGGUGGAACUGGGGAAGUUUGUCUCAUGCUCAGAGCUGCUUCACUUGGCGGUGCUGCAUCCAAGAAAACUCUCAGUUUAUGCCAUCUCAGGUACUGCUGGGAACGUGGAACAUGGGGAUCAUUACCAGCUUCGUCUGGUCUAUGAGCACAACCUGCAGAGGACGGCCUGCAACAUGACCUACGGCCCUUUCGGAGGGGUCACCGGUCAUCACUUCAUCUGCAUCCAGUCCAUGGAUGGCAUGCUGAUGUUCUUCGAGCAGGAGAGCUAUGCAUUUGGCCGCUUCCUUCCUGGCUUCUUGCUGCCAGGGCCACUUUGCUACUGCGCCCGCACAGACGCCUUUAUCACCGUCUCUUCUACCCGCCAAGUGGAGUGCUACAGGUACGAGACGCUGGCGGUCGCAACGGACGCAGACACCAGGCAAAACUCGGAACAGCAAAGCAAAAGCUUUGGGAAGAGGCUUACGGCCGAGUGGACACUAAUACUGGGAGAACAGGUGCUGGACAUCUGCGUCCCUUCAGUCUCUCCCUCGGCCUCCUCCAUCUUCAUACUUGGCGAACGGAACCUGUUCUGUCUCCGGGACAAUGGCCAGAUUCGCUUUAUGAAGAAACUUGAGUACAACCCAAGCUGCUUUCUCCCUUACACCUCAGUUUCCGAGGCCACCACCAACCUCCUGCUGGCCAACCAUAACAGCAUGCUGCUGGUGUAUCAGGACACAACCCUGAAGUGGGCAGCCCAGCUGUCGGACGUGCCCGUGGCCGUACGCAUCGCAAACUUCCCGGAACUCAAGGGUUUGGUGGUGACCCUGAGUUCUGAGGGUCACCUGCAGUGCUCUUAUAUGGGCACCGACCCUUCUUUCUUUACCGCGCCAAAGGUGGACGCUCGGGAGGUCAACUACGACGAGGUGGAUGCCGAGAUGAAAGCUCUCCACAAGGUCAUUCGGGAAGCCACCCGGAACCAGGACAUCAUCCCCAAAACUGAAACUGAGGAUGAUCUGAUUGUGACAGCCAUCGCAUCUCCCAGCCUGGAUGAAGUUUCGCAAGCUCUUAUUCCAGAGAUGAACGGCGUGACUGUCCCAUCAGUUACAGUAAAGAUCAAGGUGAGCAGCCGCGUGCCCGUUCAGAACCCGAAGAUCAGUGUGUGUGUGCAGCCGCCCCUGGCUGUCUCUCAGGACCAGUUUGUGUUAGACUCUCUUGAUCGUGGAUCUCAGGUAGUGGUGGCGUUCUCCGCUUUCCUGAAUGGCCACUACACACCAGCCGAUCUGACCGGAGAUGUUGCCGUGUCCUACAGUUCUCCCACAGGAGUACCACGUGUAGCUCAGUGCAAGUUCGUGCUGCCGCUCUGCCUGGUCUGCUACCCCACCACACCUUCCAAAACUGCCAAGUACAAGAUCACUGUGGACACCAACAAACCUCCAGUCAACCUCAACGAAGUCUUUCCAGAAUUUGCAGGAAAGACUGAAGACAAGGAGGGCAACGCCCUGGCCUUUCAGUUUAUCUCUGGCUCCCGGGUCACCGUCCUGGCCUCCAAAACAUCCCAACGAUACAGGAUCCAGACCGAGAGCUUUGAGGAUAUCUGGCUAGUUGCCAAGGAACUAGUGCAACGUUUCGAGCAGCACUUUGCCAAGCACGGGGUCAAAGACUUCCGGAACAGUUUCUCGGGUCCGAUCCCCCUGACUGAGUACUUCGAGAUUGUGGAUCAACACUUCGAGCUGCGGGUGAACGCACAGAAGUAUCAGGACCUGCUUUCAGAGCGAGCCGUCCAGUUCAGAGCAAUCCAGCGCCGACUGCUCACCCGCUUUAAAGACAAGACUCCCGCGCCUUUACAGAACCUGGAUACACUCAUGGAGGGGACUUACCGCCAGAUGAUAGCAUUAGCGGAUGCAGCGGAGGAGAACCGGGCGUGUUUGGUUCAGGCGUUCUCCAGGUUACGCAGCGCCACGCACCUGCUCAUCCUGCUGGUCUCACUGUGGCAGGGACUCGGCAGCGAUCAGACCGCAGUACUGGAGGCCACGCUGCUUCCACUGCUGCAGGACACUCCUCAACUGGGCUGGGAGGAGUGUGUGGACGCCGCCGUGUCUCAUCUUUUAAGGACUUGUCUGUCGCGGAGUCCUAAGGAUCAAGCCAUGAAUCUGAGCACCACCCAGCUGAGCAUGCGCAGAGAUGCCUCACGCCUUAAGAAACACAUCACGCUGCUCUGCGAUCGCAUCGGCAAGGGAGGCCGUCUGUCUCUGUCCUCCGACGCUAACGCUCCGGCACCUGUUAUUAUGCCAGUUGGAUGUGAGGCCAUCCCUGAAUCAGUCGCAGAAGAGGAAGAAGACCCGGCCCUGCAUCCAGAGGCUACCGAAAAGUUCAUUAAGAAGAAGAAGCCCUCCAAGAAGGUGAAGAGCAAGACAAGUUCAUCAAAAGAGAAAAAAGAGAGGGAGUCAGAGAAGGACUCGUCUCCUAAAGACCUGAAGGAGUCAAAAAGAGAAAAGAAGGAACUGAGCAAGGAGAAAAAUUCAGCCAACGAGACGGAGAAAGAACCAGAAAAGGUGUCCAAAAAGCCCUCUGUCAAAGCCAAAGAGAAGAAGAAGGACAUGGAGGGGACGGAGCAGAUGCAAUAAACACAUAAACACGCAGGGGCCGGGCUUUUACCCUCCCAGUACUGAAACCUUUAGGAAGCAGCCUGUUUGUGUAUAUCUGUUGGCUGAAGCAAGACCCUAGCUAGCAUCUUAUCUGUCUGUCCUGGCGACUUACACUGUGAAGCUUCCUCUCUGUGAAGGAAAACAGGAGCGAGUCGGGACCUUUCGGCUCGGCCCAGGGUUUAUUUUAGAAAUGCAGGGGAAAAGGGAAUGCACUGAAUCCCAGAGUGCUAACCAAGCCACCCAUGCAGGACCAGCGUGACGUCUAACCCCAGCCUCUCUCUCUAGCUUUCUUCACCACUCUCUCCCUCAACACGCCCUACGAAGCCACCUCCUCGUCCCCUAAAAUAGCCCGAGCCGAGCCGCAGCCGGGUCCGCCGAGGCCACACUCUCGCCGUCACCGUCGCCCUCCGUCCUUCUGUCUGUCUCCACCACAUUCCCCCCUCCAAACCUACACAUGCAUAUUCUCUCUCACUCUCUCAUCUGAAGCUGUGGACUGCUCAGUCUAGACCAUAGAUGCUCAAGUCAGCAGAUUCGCUGCACCAAACUGAGCUGUGACAAUCCCACACACAGGACUGCCAGCUUUAAGCUCCGAGUGUCUGUCGUUUGGUGUGUAACGUAGGAUCGUGUGUGAUUUUAGAUCAAGUGUUGUCCGUGUUCCAUAGGUAGAAAGACUGACCACCUGACCAACACAAAAAAUCCAAUAACAAUUUUAGAUCAACAAUCAAGUCACAAAAACAGGUUUUAUUUAAAUAAUGAAUAUAACCUAUAUGGUCAAACUAUGUGGAUACCCCUCUAAAUUAUUGAGUUCAAGUGUUUCAGCCACACCCUUCCAUCAAAUAAAAUAAUUUUGAUAUUGUCAAUGAUUCCAACAUGACUCUGCCUCUGUAAACAAAGCAAGGUCCAGUAACACAUGAUCGUUGUGGUGAGGUUGGUGUGAAACGACUCCAGACGCCUAAACCCUAUUAUACAAGCUUAGAAUGAAUUGGAAUGAUGACUACAAGCCAGGCUUUGUGGAAAGGCUUCCUAGUGGAACAGUGGAAGCUGCUACAUCUCAACGUUAAUCCAUGUUAAUUUGAAACGGGAUGUUCAAUCAGUGUGGUCAUGUGUCUACAUAAUUUUGUUUAGAUUUUGUUUCUGUUAGUUUAUUUAAGAUAAACAGCAGUGAUCAUGAAAAAUCAGACUAACUUAUCAGACUAACUAACAUCAUCUGUACACCUGUUAGUAGUUUUUGUGGCUGAAACACGUGAAUUAAAAAAUUAGAAAGGGUGUCCCAGUACUUUCGUCCAUGUAGUGUAGGUAAGGGUUUCUCUUCAUCUCGGUGUGUAGAUUAUGUAUAACGUCACAGGUCUGAUAUGUGAAUGUAAUAGUGAGGCAGGUGAACACAUGAACAAUCAGAAUGUACAGGAUUUUUUAAUAAUCAUACUGUGCAGUUUUUAAACACAGUCACUUAGAAUAUUAUGACUGUGGUUGCUUUUGCAUAGCUGCUCAGUAAAGGAGAAUAUUGGAUGUCGUGUUGUGUUUUAAAAAGGUAGUAAAUAAUACGUUAUUUAGUGCCAGAGACGCCGUGAAGAGUCGCCAAUGAUUAGGAUUUGAUUACAGCUUUUUGAAUGAUGUUUGUAUUAUUUUUAUAGCAGCUUUUGAUGGCCAAAGGUGCUUCUUAUUGCUACAUCUUACACAGUUCAUUUAUUUACUUGGCGUCUCCAUUCAGGCCACAGAAAUCCCCCCCGCGAAUGUACUGGGUUCAUUUUAUACCUCAAGCAUAUAGCCACCAUGUUCUAAUUUACUCAACCGUUGUUUUAUAUUGCUCAACUUUAGAUCUUUAAUAAAGGGAUUAAAUCUUGA